GGUCCGUUCGCUUUCGCAUCCCAGUCGUUUCUUAUAGCCCCUCGAAGGCGUCGCCGCCCCAGCGCGGCCGUGGCCGACAUGAGGCGCGUCGCGGUGUGUGCUGCGGUAGCUUCGACGGGCGGCGUGUUCGUAGCCCCCGCGCGGAUCCCCCUCUGUCUCCUCGGAAAUGGGAGCAAUUCGGACGACUCUUUCUCAUCCAUCACGCUUCUUUUGAUAAUGCGGGCAAGGAAUGGGCCUCGAGGAGGUGGAGAAAUGGCAACCGUCGACACCUGCCGCCGCCACCUCGCAUCGGCCGCAUCCAGAGCCUGGGCUCCGUAGCUUCUCUCCCGCUUCGGUGCGUUCAUGCUUUGCAGUACGAGUCGCCGCGUAUGUCUGGAGAGCAUAGGAUGUGCUCUAAAUCGCCGUGCAGGGUCGUGGCUUGCACGCGCCAUUCCCGUCUUAUGCGCUCCCGAUUUACGUAGCUGCCGGCGUGGUGCUGUCCUACAUGCCUAACGCUAUGGUGCGUGCGCGGUUCUUGACCAUGCUUCAUGGAGGACUGACAUCGGCGCUGAGUGCGAACGGUAGUAUCACCCACUUCGAAUUGCUGCUACAUCGCUACAGGCGGCCUGCAGAGACCUCAGGACAUAAGUACUUUAGGCCUCAGCAAACCACUCAA